UCUUCAUUCUUCAUUCUUCAUUCACAUCCAUUCACUCACAUUCAUUCAUCCAUCCAUUCACGCACAUUCAUUCAUUCAUUCAUUCAUUCAUUCAUAUAUAUUUUCUUUUCUUUUCUUUUCAUUUUCACUCACUCCACUCAGUCAUUAAUUCAUUGAUUCAAUCGCAUUACAAUCUUAUUAAAUAAUGGUCUCCUCAACGAACAUUGUCCUCCGAGUUGGCUUUGUGCCAGAGCAUUUCUCAUCUCCACUUCACCUGGCUGUUGAACUCGGUUUCUUUGAGAAGGAGGGUAUAACUGUCGAAAGAGUUUGCUGUCCAAGCGGAACAGGCGAGAUGACAUCAAAACUCAUCGAAGGAUCACUAGAUGUAGCUAUCGCUCUUACGGAAGGACUUGUGGCUGGAAUCGCAAAAGGUCAUGAUGCUUACAAAAUCAUUGGUACCUAUGUCAAGUCUCCACUUUGCUGGGCAAUUUCAGUGGGACAGGAGUCACGACAUGUGGAUCGUCAAUCGUUGAGAGAUGGCGUUAUCGGCAUUUCACGGCUCGGCAGUGGAAGUCACAUUAUUCCGUACGUCCUUGCAGAACAGGAAGGUUGGCUUUUGCAAUCAUCACAAGCCAAUGAAUCCAAGACACAGCCGCCAUUUGAUUUCAAAGUCUUGAACACAUUUCAACAGAUGAGAGAUUCUGUAAAUGACGGCUCUUCGGAUGCAUUUCUUUGGGAAAGAUUCACAACCAAGCCAUACCAUGAUUCAAAUGAAGUUCGCAUGGUAGACACAAUCACCCCACCUUGGCCAGCAUUUAUGAUUGCGGCAUCGACCCGCCAUUUAUCGUCAUCGUCUGCAGAUUCUACGAGACAAACAUCCGCUUUGGCCUGCUUCCUCCGAGCCCUCUCUAAUGCAACAACGCACUUUGUGGACCCAGAGAAUUAUGAAGAAUCUAUCCAAUUUGUUCAAGACAAGAUGUCAUACAAUCGAAAGGAUGUACAGGACUGGUUCAGUGGCGUAAGAUAUCCCAAAGAAGGCUGCUCGAUCAUUCAACGAGAAUCCCUUAUCACCUGUGCAAGGAUAUUGCUUGAAGCAGGUGUAAUCCAAAAAGAUCAAGAGCAGGAUGUUCAGAAAAACUUGACUACCAAAUAUAUUGAUCCAGCCGUCGCUCAGAUUGUUUAAGACUAAGGGGGAAUAAAGGGUUUAGAGUAGUGUAGUGUAUUACCAUUCAUUUAUGUUAUUCGCCGUGUAACUAUAAAGACUUCUUAGUUG